UCCACAUUCGCUCAUUUUGGCAUUCUCCGGAUCGAUACCUACCGAUUACUAUCGGGAUACACCUGGAUUGUUGGAAAUGGCUGAGCCUGCUCCUUUCUCUUUCGAUGAAAACGAAGAAGAAAAGUUGCACUGAUUGCCAAAAGCACAAAGCCGACUAUUGCAAUGAGGACGCCGAUGAACACUCUUCUCUUGUCAUAACCAUUUUCGAGCCUUUCAACUUCUUGAUUACAGGGGCUAAACCCAUCUACAUUUCCACACAGAUAGGAAUUCCCAAUAAAGCUACCUCCUUUUGCACUACGGAAUUUUCCCUCAGAAGGAAUUAGACCAGACAAAUUGUUGUAUGAGAAAUCCAUUACUUGCAAGCUCACCAUCCUAGAUAGAGUUGCUGGGAUUUGACCAGAGAGUCGGUUGUGUGAAAGGUUCAGAUUCUCCAGUGCAACAAGCACUUCCAGAUUUGACGGGAUUGUACCAGAAAUUGAGUUAUUGCUAAGGUCCAAUAGAAUACUCAAUCCGUGUAUGCUUCCAAGCUGAGGGGGAAUUUCACCAGAUAGGAUGUUGUUCCUGAGAUUCAAGCUCAAUAAGCUCUCACAAUUUCCAAGCUCUCCUGGGACUUCUCCAUUCAGGUUGUUAUUCGAAAGAUCAAGAUUCUCGAGGCUUGUUAAGUUUCCAACAUUCCUAGGGAUUUGUCCAGUCAAAUUAUUCUUGCUCAAGUUGAGAGUUAGCAACUGUCGCAAGUUUCCAAGUUCUGGAGGAAUCUCCCCUAUCAAUUCAUUUGCAUCCAAGGUAAGGACAUGGAGCUGAGUCAGCUUACCUAAUUCAGGUGGAAUAUGACCGGAAAUGUUGUUCCCGGACAUUCCCAGGUUAGUGAGCUUCUUGCAUUGUCCCCAGUUUGAUUUGAGUUCACCCCCAAACUGAUUAUUGUUCAGAGACAUAAAAUCGAGAAUUGGGUGCACACCAAAUGCUUGUGAAAUGUCCCCCUGGAAUUUAUUUCCUUCAAGCCUUACUCUGUGAAGUUUUUUGCAUUUCUUGAUGCAACUAGGCAACUCCCCACUGAAUUGGUUCCCAUGAACUGUCAAAUGUUGAAGAGCAAAACCACUGCAUAGUUUAGGUGGUAGACUACCUGAAAGGUUGUUAUUUGCAAAGCUAACAUUGGUUAAAUGGGGACUCUUACUUCCAAAGGCUCUUGGAAUAUUGCCUUUGAAGUUAUUACUAUACAUAUAAAUAAUCUUCAAACUCGUGAGAUUUGAAAUGGUGACAGGUAUCUCUCCAUGCAAUCUGUUUUCACCCAAAUCAAUGAAAUUGACUGAAGUAAGCUUCCCAAUCUCAGACGGAAGGGUUCCACUGAGCUGGUUGAUCCAAAGGCCUAGAAAAUUUAGACUCGUCAGGUUUCCGAUUGUCUUUGGGAUUUGACCAGACAGGGUAUUUGCUGACAGGUCUAGUUCAACCAAAUUCUCCAAGUUUCCUAUCUCUUCUGGAAUAGUGCCUGUGAAUUGGUUUUGGUACAAGUAGAGAUUUUCAAGGUUUGUCAAGUUUGAGAUAAUUUGGGAUGGAAUAUCACCAGAAAGAAGAUUCUCUGAUAAGUCUAACAUUACCAACUUGUUCAAUGACGGCAGAGAUGAAGGUAAUGGUCCAUAGAGUGAAUUUUCUGUCAGAGACAGAUAAGUUAGAUCAGUGCAGAGACCAAGCUCUAAUGGAAUAGUUGAAUUGAGACGGUUCGUGCUUAAAUCAAGGAGUUUAAGAGCUUUGAGUUCGGAAAUAUUAGAUGGGAUUACUCCUGAAAAUUCAUUCAGAGAGAGAUCAAGAUGCUCAAGCUUCUUCAAAUUUGUGAACAAUGACACCGGGAUAGGCCCAUUCAAAUGGUUCAUAGACAAUUCAAGAUAUGUCAAGUUCCGACAACCUAGAAUGAAAUCAGGGAACCCUGAUCUUAACUGAUUUGGUGUGAAACUGAGAUGUUUAAGAACUGGAAAGCUCUUAAAUUUAGACCAGUCAGCUGGAGCCUGCAAGAAAUUUCCUCCUAGGUCCAAGAACCAUACCUAUAAAGGAUAAACACCCCACAUAAGUAAAAAUAUCAUCCACAUAAGAAAUUUAGACCAGUUAGACUCUUACUCAUCAUCAUCAUUAACCCAGUGUCGCAAAAGCUCCCACCUAUGAUGGGGUAAGGGGGUCAGAUGUACAUAGUUUUACCCUGUACUAAAGCACAAAGAGAUUGUUUACGAAUGAGCCACAAUGAAAAUCGCGUCGAAAAUUGCAUUGACUGAUUGUUGCUGCUUCAUAACAAAGAAGCGCAGACAAUUUAGUGAACCAUUUUGCUUUUAAUUCCCAAGUCAAAAAAUAGUGAGUCGUUGGCUCCAUGACAAAGGGAGAAAGACCAAAAACGACACUAAGGUUUUUAAUUAAUCUCAAAUUGGACACUCAGGUUUCUAGUAGACCAAAUUAACACAAAUUCUAACUUUUUAGUUGCAUUUAAGCCAUCCACUAACGUUGGCUUUAAACGGACGUUUCUGAAUUCCGAGAAACUGAAAAUAAAGGAAAAAGAGAGCAAAAGAUGUAAUGUCUUCCUAAUCUACCGUCAUCUUCGACAAACAAGGGAAGAUCAUGAAGAGAAGAUUUUGGAAGCCAUAUGCACCACAUCCUCACAAUGGGAGUCCACAAAGUCUCAGCUCGAGAAAUAGCUCUCCGAACUCCAAUCUCAACUAGAAACCGCUAGAUCCGAAGCAAUCAUGAUCAAUCUCGCUGCCGAACCCGCCAGUAGGCAGCGUUUGGAGAGUGUAAAACGGACGAACAAGCUUGAAGGUGAGUGUCGCAUGCUUAAGGCACUGGCUGCCAAGACAUCAUCACCAUCGUCGGCCGCUGUCAGGAUUAAACCUUCUUGUUUACAUUUGCUGAAGUGUUAAGCCAUGUAAUAUUCUUUUUGAUGACAUGUAAAUAAAGAGAUGAUGACACAUCAUCAUCUCAUCUACGGCUGUAAUUGUUUUGGUUGUUAGUAGUUCAUCUGAUUGUUAUAAACUGAUGUAACGAACGAAGGACGGACAGUUUUCGGUCAAUGCAAAGCUUAUUCUUCUUCUUGCUCAAUCAAUUCUUAUUUUCUGUUAUGAACAAUAUCUCUUCUCUUGCUUGUUCAUAACAAUUUGGUAUCAGAGCUCAGAAACACCAUUAAUGGCAAAACCGAGCAAUACGGAGCGUAUUACGCAGCUGGAACAGGAGUUGACCAACAUACGAACGGAAAUGGAAAAGAUAGGAGAAGUUCAGAGGACUGAUUUCCAACGACUUACAGAGGCACAAGAUAAACGAUUUGAGGAAAUCAUUGCUGCGGUUAAAGGUAUUAACCCUAGUCCUCAUAUUGAUCGUGCAAAUAAACAUCAUGAUGCUGGAUUGAUUUCAACACCAGGGAAUAAUAAAGGAAUUAAAAUCGACUUUCCUCGCUUUAAUGGUGAGAAUGCCAGGGGAUGGAUUCGUAAAUGCCAACGCUACUUCCUCAUCCAUAACAUGUCUGAUUUUGAGAAAAUUACUUUAGUUGGGUUGUAUGUGGAAGGAAAUGUGGAAAAUUGGUAUAUGGACAGGAUAGUUGGAAAAGAGUCUAUGGGCUGGGAUGCUUUUGUUAUAUUGUUUCUUGACAGAUUUUCCAAAGAAAAUGAUGUAAUCGGAGAAUUUAAUAAGCUGAGACAGAAAGGAGCAGUAGAAGAAUAUAUUGACAAAUUCUCUGAACUGAAAUCAUUCAUGUUGCAAAGGAAUAAAUAUCUUGAUGAAUAUUAUUUCCUCAAAAGCUUCCUCAGUGGUCUAAAAGAAGAAAUUAGACACAUGGUAGAGAUUGUUGACCCUGAAAAUCUUGAUCAAGCUUUCAUGAUAGCCAAGAAACAGGAAUCUCUACUAGAAGCAGUUGGGAAGAGUGGAAAAACAACAAUGCGGAAUAAUUGGCCCAAGGUAGGGAGUGAAAUAAAGGGAGCAGUAACUUCAGAAAAGGCAUUGCCAAUUAAAAGGUUGAGCAAAGAGGAGUUAGAUGCCAGGAGAAGAAAAGGACUGUGUUUCAACUGUGAUGAAGUAUAUACAGUUGGACACAAAUGCAAGAAGAUUUUUGUGAUCUUAAUGACAGAAGAAGAGCAACAAUUGCCUGAACCAUUACUACAAGAAGACAGUGAAGAAGAGGAGGUAAAUUUUGGGGUCUCUUUACAUGCAUUAAGGGGGCAGGUUCCCACAGAUACUAUUAAAUUGAUGGGGAAGGUUAAAAAUAACAACCUCACUAUUUUAGUAGAUUCUGGGAGCACACAUAGUUUUAUAGACCCUGGAGCAGCCAAAAGGAUUAAUUGUGACAUUGAAAUCACUAAUCCUUUACAAGUGACAGUAGCAGGAGGAGGAAGAAUUGAAUGCAACUCUAAAUGUCCAAAUCUGAAAUGGGAAAUGGCAGGACAUAGUUUUGCAGCCAGUGUUAGAGUGCUGCCAUUGGGAGGAUAUGACAUGGUUUUGGGAGUUGACUUGAUGAAAAAAUUGGGACCUAUUCUGUUGGAUUAUGAUAAUCACUCCAUAACAUUUGAUCAUCAAGGGGAGAAAGUAGUUGUUUCAGGGAUACAAUCAGAGAUAUCAGUGAGGAUGAUAAAUGGGGCAAGGAUGAAAAAAUUCUUACAUAAGAAGAAUGGGACUAUAUCUCAAUGUUUCUGUAUGAUAACAACCAUUAAGAAGGAAUCUGACAGUGACAGUAAUAAAGAAGUAGAAGAUAUUCUCUAUGAGUUUGGAGAGGUUUUUCAGGAACCUAAAGGGUUGCCUCCUAUAAGGAACUGUGAACAUCAAAUUGAUUUAAAGGAAGGAGAGAAUUCCUUUAAACAAGCCCCAUAUAGAUAUCCAUACAUUCAGAGACAAGAAAUAGAAAAGUUAAUAAAGGAGAUGCUGAAAUCUGGAGUGAUACAACCAAGCCAUAGCCCCUAUUCCAGUCCUGUUCUAUUAGUUAAGAAGAAAGAUGGAUCAUGGAGAUUUUGUGUUGAUUACAGGAAACUCAACGCUAUUACCAUAAAAAAUAACUACCCCAUUCCAUUGAUUGAGGACUUAUUAGAUGAACUACAUGGAGCAGCUGUCUAUUCUAAGAUUGAUCUAAGAGCAGGCUAUCACCAAGUAAGAAUGAAGCAAGAAGAUAUUGAGAAAACUGCUUUUAUCACUGCUAGUGGGUUGUAUGAAUUCGUUGUGAUGCCUUUUGGGCUAACCAAUGCCCCAGCUACAUUUCAGACUCUUAUGAACAAUAUAUUCAGCAAAUACUUGAAACAGUUUGUGCUGGUCUUUUUCGAUGAUAUACUAAUAUAUAGCCCAGAUUUGGAGACCCAUAAGAAGCAUCUGAGGAAAGUUUUUGAGGUACUGCAACAGAAUACAUUAUUUGCCAAAAGAUCCAAGUGCAUUUUUGGGGUGCAACAAGUGGAAUACUUGGGCCAUAUCAUCAGUUCCAGAGGCGUAGCUGUAGAUCCUGAAAAAAUCAAGAGUAUUAUGGAAUGGCCUAUUCCUUCUACUCUUAAAGCAUUAAGAGGAUUCUUGGGGAUGACUGGAUAUUUCAGAAAGUUUUGCUCUAAAUAUGGGAUCAAAGCCAAGCCACUGACUGAUCUAACUAAAAAAGGAAUGUUCAAAUGGAGUGAUGAGGCUCAAAAAGCAUUUGAAGAGCUAAAAAUGGCAAUGUGUAGUGUACCUAUCUUACAAUUGCCUAACUUUAGUAAAAUCUUCAUAAUUGAGACUGAUGCAUGUUAUAGUGGGUUGGGAGCAGUUUUAAUGCAGGAAGGUCAUCCUUUGGCAUAUGUGAGUAAGGCUUUGGGAUCAAAGAAUUUGGGACUGUCCAUCUAUGAGAAGGAGUUCCUUGCUAUACUCUUAGCUAUUGAAAAAUGGAGAGCAUACUUAUUACACGCUCCAUUUAUAAUCAGAACAGAUCAAGUCAGCCUCAAAUAUCUAGUUGAUCAACGAAUUUCCACUCCUAUUCAACACAAAUACCUUACCAAGCUCUUGGGUUAUGAUUACAAGAUUGAAUACAAGAAAGGGUUAGAGAACAAAGUGGCAGAUGCAUUAUCCAGGAGAGAUCAGCAAGAGGAUAAUGUGAUCAAUAGUUGUUCGACUAUAACCCUUAUCCAACCAGUUUGGCAAGAAGAAUUGAGUUUGAGUUAUAAAGGGGACAUGGAAGCUGAGGAAGCAAUCUUACACUGUGUAUCAACACCAUACAAUAUGAGCUACUUUUCUUAUUGUAAUGGACUGUUAAGGUACAAGGGUAAAUUAUAUGUGGGGGCAGCAGGUGAUUUUAGAAGCAAAGUGGUCACCAUGAUACAUGAGAGUGCAAUAGGAGGACAUUCAGGGGUAUUAGUUACCCUGCAAAGGGUAAAGAAUGUUUUUUGGUGGCCUAAUAUGAGACUCACAGUUCAGGAGGUAGUCAGCAUCUGUCCUGUUUGUCAAUUGUGUAAACAUGAGAAUGUAAAAUCACCUGGGCUAUUACAACCAUUACCAACUCCUAAUCAAGCUUGGCAACAUGUCACUAUGGAUUUUAUUGAGAAGUUACCUAAAUCCAAUGGCCAUGAGGCUAUAUUCGUUGUUGUGGACAGGUACACAAAAUAUGCUCAUUUCACAGCCUUGAAUCAUCCUUUUACUGCCUCAACAAUAGCCUCAGUAUUCCUAAACAACAUAUGCAAACUCCAUGGAUUACCUGAAUCUAUCAUAUCUGAUAGAGAUAAGGUAUUUACCAGUUUAUUUUGGAAGGAGCUGUUCAAAUCUCUAGGUGUGCAACAUCAUUUGAGUACAGCUUACCAUCCACAAACUGAUGGACAAACAGAAAGAGUUAAUCAAUGUCUGGAAAGUUACUUGAGAUGCAUGACUGGACAAAUUCCUAAGGCUUGGAGUAAAUGGCUUUCUUUGGCCCAAUGGUGGUAUAAUAGCUGCCAUCACACCUCCAUUGGGAUGAGUCCUUUUGAGGCUUUAUUCGGAUAUAAGCCACCUCUGAUUAAUAUGGGGCCUUAUGGAGAAUUGUCUGUGGUAGGAGUAGAACAAGAGUUACAACAAAGACAAAUGAUCUCUGAAAAACUAAAGGACCAGCUCAAUAUUUCCAGGAACAGGAUGAAAGAAUUGGCUGACAAAGGUAGAAGUGAAAGGGAGUUUGCAAUUGGAGAUUGGGUUUAUUUGAAACUCAAACCUUAUAGGCAAAUGAGCAUGAGGAAAUCUGCUAUUUGGAAAUUAAGUCCCAAGUAUUGUGGACCAUUUCCAAUUAUUGAGAAGGUAGGGACAGUAGCCUAUAGGCUGGAUUUGCCAAUAGGAAGUCAAAUACACCCAGUUUUUCAUGUAUCAUUGUUAAAGAAAAGGGUGGGCUUGUCUGAUAAAGUUGUGAGUAGCAUUCCUGCUAUGAAUGAAGAAGGGGAUUCAUUACUAAUUCCUGCUGGAGUGUUAGCUAGGAGAAUAGUCAAAAGGAACAAUUACAUGGGAAGAUUAUGAUACAAUAGUGAAGCAGUUUCCUGGGAUUGAAGCUUGUGGACAAGCUUCGGUGGAAGAUGGGGGCAAUGUCAGGAUUAAACCUUCUUGUUUACAUUUGCUGAAGUGUUAAGCCAUGUAAUAUUCUUUUUGAUGACAUGUAAAUAAAGAGAUGAUGACACAUCAUCAUCUCAUCUACGGCUGUAAUUGUUUUGGUUGUUAGUAGUUCAUCUGAUUGUUAUAAACUGAUGUAACGAACGAAGGACGGACAGUUUUCGGUCAAUGCAAAGCUUAUUCUUCUUCUUGCUCAAUCAAUUCUUAUUUUCUGUUAUGAACAAUAUCUCUUCUCUUGCUUGUUCAUAACAGCCGCCUCCACUGAUAGCAAAUCCGAUAGAAUGUGUGGAAUCGAGAACGUGGUUAAUCGUUCAGGCAUAUCCGAUUCUGCUCUUACUUCAGAAUUGAAUCUGAUGGACGCUUUUCUGGAGAUGGACAGGGUCGCCGCAUCACAGGAGAACCAGGCCAAUGCAACCAUCAUAAACGGACCAAUGAGGUUGAGGAAAAAUUGGAGAAUUUGGAGGCGGAGAAAGCGAUACUGGAGAUGGAAUUGAAUCGAUGAGUAACAAAGUUGUUUAAGUUGGGAAUGAGAUUCAUCAAGGAAUCUCCUUUAUUUAAUAACUUUGUGUUAAUGAGAUUCAACCAACGCCCAUUUAAUUUGGGAAUUAACUUUGUUUUAAUUUGGGAAUGAGAUUCAACCAACGCCCAUUUAACAGAAAAGGUUAGCGGGUGGCAUAAAUGCAACGAAAAAGUUAGAAUUUGUGUUGAUUUGGUCUACUAGAAACUUAAGUGUUCAAUUUGAGAUUCACAAAAAACUAUAAUGUCAUUUUUGGUCCUUCUCCACCAUGACAAAUGAUGGAAACCUCUGAGACUCUUACCGAACUUUAUUAUUUGUUUUAAGAUGUUUGAAUGGUGAUGAGCAUUUUGCUUUAUUCCAAUCAUAUUCCCAAGUUAAUUUGCCCCAUUUUAAAGCCAAAUUUGAGUUUGCGCCACAAAUUCAAAAUAAUGAAUAUGAGCAUCCCGAAAGUCUAAAAUCUAUUAAAAAUGGGGGCAUAAACUUAAUAUUUAUAGUGAAAAUAUUAAUGUUUUUGAAAUGGAUUGUAAAUUCAAAUUUGGAUAAAGAACUGGAGUUCAUACACUGAUUUCACCUUAGUUUUAUUAUUUGGAUGAUUAGAAAUAUAUACAAAAGUAAAAACAUUAGAAAUAUUACACUACCUCAAUUUCUUAGCAUUUUCUUUCAUUUCCCUAGUAUUUUCCAAGAUCUAACUAGCCUUAGGGAUUGAGGGAGUUCUAAAAAAAAAGAAAAAAAGGAAAAAUAAAGAGGGAGUUCUACCUUUUGGAGAUUCCCAAUUUCACUUGGGAGAAUGCCAGUAAUGUUGUUGUCAUAAAGUCUGAGGUAAUGAAGCUCCACUAAGUUCCCAAUCUCAGCCGGUAUGGCUCCAACAAACUGAUUGCUGCUCAUGUCCAGGAAAACCAAGCUUGACAAAUUUCCGAUGGAGGGGGGGAUUGAUCUUGUGAAGUUGUUCCCACUGAUGUUGAAAUGCUUGAGGCUUGUAAAAGAAGUGAAUUUGAGCUGUUCAAGAGUCCCAGAUAUGCCUUCAUUAGAAAGGUCGAUUUUUGAAACAGCCCCGUCAUUAUUGCAUACAAUGCCCUUCCAUUUACGAAGAUGUGUUAUGUUGGAAAGUGACCAUGAAUGGAGUGAAGAAGAUGGAGAGGAUGUGAACAGGUUGCUCUUCCAUUUGAGUAGAGCUUCUGCUUCUUCUGUUCUUGUCUCUAAUGCAGCAUAACAAGGUAUGAGAAGAAAGAUGAGUGCUAUAUUCUUCCCAUCAGAUGUUGUCAUUCUUUUAAUAAAUGUUUCACAAGAUCAAUUUUACAUGUGAUGACCAGAAGAAAGUUUUUCUUUUUAAUUGUCUUUCUUUGCAACAAAAAAAGCUAUCCUUAUUUUCAAAAGGUUUUGAAAAAUUGAAUAGACAAACUUUUCAAAAGAGAGACUUCACGAAAGUAUUUGAGGGGUCUGCUGAAGCAUCAUUCGGCUUUCGUAUUUUUCUGUCUUUUGGUUUUGCUUCAUCCACUUUCAUCCCUUGUUAUCCGCAUGAUUUCCCCUUUUCCCAUUUUUUUCCUUUGCCUAUUUUCAAUUUAUUCAACUCUUUCACUUAUAGGUAUCACAGUUUUAUUUAUUCUUUAUAUUUUAUGCCAUAUGAAUAUGCUGUCUUUUUGUGCCACACCAAAUAUUAAUUAGAAAGACAAUCCAAUUGCAUAUUUUGGAGCGGGACAACAGUUUUUCUUUGCAGGUCAUCGUUUCCAAGAGCUUCUGCGAUGAGCCGUUGACUUGGACAAGUUUUUCCUUCAAUCUCAUUCUCUAGAUGAUAACUUUGUUUAAGAAAACCAAUUCUUGUGGAAAAUAAUGUGUUCGAAAAAUAUUACGAAGUGCUUAGUGUAAGAGAAGUCUUUGGAUAAAGUAUUGGGAAAAUUCCUGAAAUAGGACUAAAAACGUUUGAAAAUUCCAAAAUAGUACUGUCAUGUUUUUAUUCCCAAAAUAGGAAUAAUUACUGCCAAGUUUGGAAAAUACCGUCAUCUUUAAAACCUGAUACUGCCAAAACAUUUAAAUAUUUAAAUGCAGUUCAUUUGGUAAAACUUUCAGCUCAUCAAUCUUAUUAAUCAAAUUUUCAUUAACAAAUGUAAUUUUUAAUUUUCCGCGUUGAAUUUUAUUCUAACAAAAGGAUUAUUUGCUUAAUAUGUUCUCAACUAUUUUCAAAUCCAUA